AAUUAGUUGAGUCCAGAGUAGGUGAGUUGUACAUCAACUAAUUUAAUUAUCUUUGUUUUACAGAAGUAUAGACACAAAAUUUUCAGCAUAUGUAUUUUUAGAUACGAAAAAUGUGCAUCCUGUUCAUAUACAAUGGUAAUAAUGACUCAAGGAGCGAUUAUAGUUUGAUCCUGGCAUCGAACAGGGAUGAGUAUUAUGACAGGCCCUCAAAAAACAUGGGCCCAUGGAUCGAGGACCCUAACGUGUUUGGAGGUCGCGAUUUAGAAGUGGAUGAAGGUGGCACCUGGCUAGCUUUAGCACCUUUGCGUAAAAAACUUGGCGUACUUCUAAACUUACCGACUGCUAAGAAGCCAGAAGCGAAAAGCAGAGGAAGGAUCGUAGCGGACUUCGUAAAGAAUGAUAAACCAAUGAAAACGAACGCCCUACCAAUAAUAUCAACAUACAACAACGCAAAUGAUGAACUAAUCAUCCAUAAGGAUGCGUUCCUAGGAUUCAGCAACAAUCUGCCGGAGCAACCGCUGAAGAAAGUGGAGGCUGGACGGAACAAACUGCAGCAGAUUAUAAGCACUUUUAACAAAGUCUGUAUGCAGGAUGAACUCAUUGAAAGGUUGAUUGAUCUUCUCAAGUGGGAAGAAAGCCACCUUCCCGACCAUCAAUUGGAAACUAGGCGCCCCAAUUUGUACAAGGAGCUCAGCUCCGUAUUUGUGUGCAUACCUCAGGGACGAUAUGGAACCAGAACCCACACAAUAGUGCUGGUUACAAAAUCCGGACAUAUGAAUGUCAUUGAGAUGACGCUGGUCGCGCCAAUUGACCCAGAAAACCCCAAGUGGAUUAAAACUGAAUACCAAUUUGAUAUGGAUAUGAAAUAAAAAAAUGUAUUUUGUUGACUGAAUAAA